AUGCGUGGCUGGAGCCUGGUGCUCCUGCCAGGCUUGGUGUAUGGCUUGGUUCUGAAAUCUGGAAGUGCGGCGCAUUUGAGCACCAGCGAUGGCUUCCAGCCAAUGGAGCAGUGGCGGCAGACGCACAAGGCCUCAGCUUUGAGCCAGACUGCAAGGUCGUCACUUUCUGCAUAUCGCAGAACCUUGAAGGCCAACUUGCAUCGCCAUCGUGUCAUCAUGCACGUUGACAAGACGAAGCUUAGCGGGCCCUUUCUAGAUCUGGGAAACAUGGCGCAACUGAUCUGUGGGAUUUGCAUCAACUUAUCGCUGGUGGCCUGCAUGAUGCUUUUCCCUGAGCGAAUGGCAUGCAUGCAGCAUGCAGCUCUUCCGGAGCACAAAUUGUCUCAACCAACAUCAACAUCAAUAACACCCUCAAAUGCAUGCAGCUGUGUGUUCGGGCUCAAAUGCAUCACCAUGUUUCACUGCUUCCAGACGUUGAACUUUACAUGCUUCAAUCUUUAUUGA